GAACGAAUGCACCUAACGCUUUUAAGAGAGUAAACAGCAAACACUGCAACCCAGAAGAUACACAGUAUAUUUUCUCUCAAACCUUUGUUGGCUACAUUUGAAGAGCAGAGAUGUCACAUUUUCAAAAUGUCUUUUCACAACUCGACUUAUAUUCCAGUGACGCGUCAGAUGAUGACGACUUGAUGACUCACUCCAAUGACACAGCUUCUGAAUCCAGCCUCUCCUCUGCCAGUAUAGACAGCACAUUUAAAGAAGCAGAUUUCGACGACUUACUGAAGAUGUAUGGAGAAGGUAUUGAGAAGUCUGACAUUUUGCCAUAUAGGAGAGAUGUCAGAAUUGCCAUCAACACCGCGUUCUUUGUUCUCAUAGUUAUCUCCCUUUUCGGCAACACUCUAGUGUGCCUGGUAAUGAUGCGCAGUAGCCAAGUUCGCAGUGUAACCAAUUUCUUUUUAGCGAAUCAAGCUUUUUCUGAUAUUCUUAUGACAUUGUUUAAUAUUCCUUUGGUUUUAACGCGAGAUCUCUCCGACGAUUGGCCGUAUGGGCGUUGGAUGUGUUACCUCACAGAUUACAUCAUCCAAGUUUCUAUUUUCGUGUCAAGUUUUACGCUGACCGUUAUCGCUAUAGAUCGCCAUCAAGUUAUUGUUCAUCCUCUACGCCCACGAAUGGACAUUAUGUCUGCAUGUUUAAUCAGUUUUAUCAUCUGGGCACUUUCACUAAUUCUCUCACUUCCAAGCGCUAUGUUCCGGAAGCUACACCGAUGGGAAACUACACUUCAAUCUGGCUACAAAUGUAUUGCCUCCUAUCCAGAACCUAGUGACUUUUAUAGAAAGCUUUUCGUCAUUAUUUCGAUCACUCUGCGAUAUGUAAUUCCAAUGAUCAUUAUAAUAAUUGCAUAUUGCCUGAUAGCUGCAACUUUACGCGCCAGAACGACAGUUGGAUACGUGACAGCGUUGCAGCGCGAUGCCAAGGAUCGUAGCAAACGCAGAACCUCAACCAUGUUAAUUUUGGUUGUGUCUAUCUUUGCAGUCUGUUGGUUCCCGCUCAAUUGCUAUACAAUUCUUGUCCUUUACUUCGAGCCAUUCCACAGCAAUGUGCUGCACUUAGUUUUAUAUUACUUUGCUAUGAUAAGUGUUUGCUUAAAUCCGUUUGUGUAUAGUUGGCGGAACGCAAAAUUCAGGGCGGAAAUUUAUAGCAUUUAUUCUAUCCUGUGUAUCAAGGAAAGGGACAGGGCAGCUGAGUUAAAAAGUACAAUCAAAGAUCGUGGCAUUAUGGAAAUUAAAGAAAGAGAACGGAGUGAAACUGAUACAAAACAUUCAAGUGAUAAGUGACAAAACUCAUUAUUUAAUUUGAGGCAAAAAAGCAGUAUUUUAAUUUACUACAGUGAAUAAUUGCAUCAGUUCUUUGCAGUCCUAAACAAUAUGGAACAGAUAGGCCAAAUUCAUUUUUUCCAGAGCAAAUUGAUUCUAUGCAGCAAAUUGAUUCUUCGCAGCUUGACAAUUACGGCUCUUGCUCAUCUAUGGCAUAGAAUGUUUUUGGAUUCAAUUCAUGGUCAAACUAUUCUUCAUCUGUUUCAAUUUAAUCAAUUUACCUGCUCUAAACCCAAAUAUAGAUUAAAUUGUUGUCCUAUAUGUUGAUGUGACAAAUUGUGUUAUUCAAUACGGUGACAGUAGCCUGCGUCUGAUAUAACAACUGCAACGAAUGCUACCUCUCUGCCAAUGAAUGAAUAACAAUUAUAAUCAAAGAGUAUAUAACUGCAAGUGGUCCGACUGCCUUAUUUGAUAUGCACACAUCGAAAAGUACUACCACGAGAUAGGGGGCGCCCUAUUAGAAUAAGGAUUGAGUUCGCCCGAAACCCGUAUUUUGAAAUACACGCCUCUUCGUGGCAGUAGUUUUUGAAAUAGGGUAACGUUCCAACGAAACCACGAGAGUGGACCUCUUGCAGUUCUAUACUCUUUGUUAUAUUUAUAUAAAAAGCAUUUUUUUCAACUCUACACACUAAAAGUUUUUGUGACAAGUAGGCCAAUAUGUGAUUUAAAAACUUCCAGGCUAGACUAUUCCAAUUCUCUUUUGUUUAAACUUCUUGCACGCAAAUGAUUCAAAAUCACACUGCCCAUGUGUGCUCUUUAACUCCAAAAUAUUCCCAUGUUACCCUUGUACUUCAAAAUCUUCACUGGCUACCAUUAAACAGCGUCAUAUC